UGAAAACAGAACUUUUUUUUUCCUUCUGUUUCAGACUCCUUUUAGUUUUGGCAUGAAUCAUAGAACACCACCCUACCCCGCUGGGGAUUACUGUCUUCUGUGCAGAAGUGAGCGGAAGGACUCUUCGUUCCUGGAGAGUGGGAUCAAGACUGCGAGUAAACUGGCCCUCUCCACGGCCCCCAAAGGCAGCAACGUGCUGCACCUUCCGCUGUGGGUGUGCCCGGACUGCCGGCGGACGGUGGAGAAGGAGGAGAGGCACGGCCUCGACCACACCUCGGGCCAAGAUUUUCUCCUGCACAACCCCCUUGGUGGAUCGCAGCCGGAGGCAGGAGGCAGCGGGAGACUAGCCCUUGGCGCCCAGACACUCCCCUCUGCAGGACUCAGCAACUCCACGCCCGCUGACGCAGCCUGCACUUGUGAGGCCUGCAGUGAGCGCAGAGAAAUUUCAGCAGAGACAGACCGAGAAUCUCAACAGCUACAGAAUUACUGGUCAGAAGUACGGUACAUGGUGCGCUGUAUAUACCGCCAGGCUGGGACCCCGCUAGCAGAUGACCAAGACCAGUCUCUUGUACCUGACAAAGAGGGAAUGAAGGAACUAGUGGAUAGGCUCUGCGAGAGGGACCCCUACCAGCUAUACCAGCGGUUGGAGCAGCAGGCCAGAGAGUACGUGCUGGAGAUGAAGGUGCGGCUUCUCAGGCAGCUGUCGGCAGCAGCCAAGGUGAAAGCGCCCUCGGCCCUCCCAGGCCCGCCCCAGGCACACCAGUUCAUCUCCCUGCUCCUGGAGGAGUAUGGCGCCCUCUGCCAGGCCGCACGCACCAUCAGCUCCUUUCUGGGCACUCUGGAAAAUGAGCAUUUGAAAAAGUUCCAGGUGACAUGGGAGCUGCAUAAUAAGCACCUGUUUGAGAAUCUGGUCUUUUCUGAGCCGCUUCUCCAGAGCAACCUGCCAACACUGGUGUCACAGAUCAGGCUGGGCACCACCACACAUGACAGUCGCAACGAGGACACGUACAGCACCUUACUGCAGCGCUACCACCACUCGGAGGAGGAGCUGCGCCGCGUGGCUGAGGACUGGCUGGAGUGCCAGAGGAGGAUCGAUGACUACGUGGACGAGCAGAUGACGAUGAAAAGCAAACAGCGCGUGUUAACGGAAGACUGGGAGCUUUUUAAACAAAGGCGAUUCACCGACGAGCAGUUGACUAAUAAGAAAGCAGUAGCUGGCGAGAACCACUUCACAGACACCAUGAGGCACAUGCUGUCGUCUCGGCUGGGCAUGCCCGACUGCCCCAACUGUAACUACAGGAGAAGAUGUGCUUGUGAUGACUGCAGCCUCUCACACAUCCUCACUUGUGGUAUCAUGGACCCCCCCGUCACUGACGACAUCCACAUUCACCAGCUGCCACUCCAAAUGGACUCUGCUCCCGACUAUCUCUCUGAGAUGCGCCCACCUAGUGUGUCCUCAGCAAGCUCAGGGUCAGGCUCCAGCUCUCCCAUUACAAUUCAGCAACAUCCCAGACUCAUCCUCACAGACAGUGGCUCUGCACCAACUUUUUGUAGUGAUGAUGAAGAUGUCGCACCGCUAUCGGCUAAAUUUGCGGAUAUUUAUCCAUUGAGUAACUAUGAUGAUCCCGAGGUUGUGGCCAACAUGAAUGGAAUUCACAACGAGUUAAAUGGUGGCGGGGAAAACAUGGCCCUGAAAGACGAGUCCCCGCAGGUGAGCAGUAGCAGUAGUAGCUCUUCCGAAGCUGACGAUGAAGAAGCAGAUGGCGAGAGUAGUGGGGAGCCUCCAGGAGCCCCGAAGGAAGACAUAGCCCUAGGAAACGGGAACCUCGGGAAACACGAAGACAAAGUGGAUAGUCCACCCCCGUCAUACCCAGCUCAGCAGGCUGAACAAGCUCAGAACACUUGUGAAUGUCAUGUCUGUAAACAAGAAGCCUCUGGACUGACGGCGUCAGCAACGACAGCGGGCACUCUUCCUCCUGGCCACCAGUUCCUGAGCCCUGAGAAGCCCACACACCCUGCACUUCACCUCUACCCCCACAUCCACGGACACGUACCUUUGCAUACAAUCCCACACCUGCCUCGCCCUCUUAUCCACCCCACCUUGUAUGCUGCACCCCCCUUCACGCACAGUAAGGCUUUACCGCCAGCACCUGUUCAGAAUCACACAAAUAAGCAUCAGGUAUUCAAUGCAUCUCUUCAAGACCAUAUUUAUCCAAGCUGUUUUGGGAAUACUCCAGAGUGGAAUAGUUCUAAAUUUAUAAGUCUUUGGGGAUCAGAAGUGAUGAAUGAUAAGAACUGGAAUCCUGGCACUUUCUUGCCAGAUACAAUUUCUGGGAGUGAUUUAUUAGGGGCAACGCUCUCCGAAACAAGACCUGACGCCCUUCCGCCUCCAUCCAGCAGCGAUACACCUGCAGUCUCAGAUAAUAAAGAGAAAAAAAAUGCUGCAAAAAAGAAAUGCCUGUACAAUUUCCAAGAUGCUUUUAUGGAAGCCAACAAAGUUGUCAUGGCAACCUCAUCCGCCACGUCCUCCGUCUCCUGCACGGCCACCACGGUGCAGUCCAGUAACAGCCAGUUCAAGGUGUCGUCCAAAAGACCACCUUCCAUAGGUGAAGUCUUCCACGGCAUCAGCAAGGACGACCACAGACACUCAGCCCCGACUGCGCCUCGGAGCAGCCCCACGGGGCUCGCCCCGCUGCCCUCUCUCUCUCCUGCUGCGCUGUCACCGGCCUCCACGCCUCACCUCGCAAAUCUCACAGCCCCGUCGUUCCCCAAAACUGCUACCCCAGCUCCUGGCUUCGUGGACGCAUGCAAGAGCUUCUGUGCAGCCCCUGUGGCGCCCCCGCCCCCCACCACGGACGGCUCCCUCAGCGCACCUCCCAGCGUGUGCAGCGACCCCGACUGUGAAGGGCACCGCUGUGAGAACGGGGUCUAUGACCCGCAGCAGGAUGACGGUGACGAGAGCGCGGACGAGGACAGCUGCUCCGAGCACAGCUCUAGCACCUCCACGUCCACCAACCAGAAGGAGGGCAAGUACUGUGACUGCUGCUACUGUGAGUUCUUCGGGCACGGCGGGCCUCCAGCUGCACCAACAAGUAGAAAUUAUGCAGAAAUGAGGGAAAAGCUUCGUUUACGCCUGACCAAGAGGAAAGAAGAGCAACCUAAAAAAGCGGAUCAGAUCUCAGAAAGGGAAAGUGUCGUUGACCAUCGAAAGGUAGAAGACUUGUUACAGUUUAUAAACAGCUCAGAGACCAAGCCGGUCAGCAGUACUCGAGCAGCCAAGCGAGCGAGACAUAAGCAAAGAAAGCUGGAAGAGAAAGCCCGCCUGGAGGCCGCAGCCCGGGAGCGGGAGCACCUGCAUGUCCUGGAGGAGCAGAGGCGGCGGGAGGAGGAGGAGGAGGAAGAGCGGCUCCAGGAGGAGCUCCGGCGCCUUCAGGAGCUUCAGCAGCUGAGAGCUGUGAAGAAGAAGAAGAAGGACAGGCCCGGUAAAGACUGCCCCAAGUUGGACAUGCUGGCUCGCAAUUUUCAGACGGCCACAGAGCUGGUACCUAGCUCUGAAAACAUCCCCAAUGGCUCCCUGGAGCACACUGAAGAACCAGAGACCUCAUCUCGCUCCCCUUCCAGACAUGUGAACCACGCAGAGCCAAGGCCAGGGCCGGACGAAGACGCCGCAGAGCCCGCGGGCACCAGAGACUCCAGACUCCUGCUCCGGAAGGAGGUCAACGGGAAGGCGCCUGAGCCGCUCUCUUUCCUCUUUGACAUCAUGCACCACCACAAAGAGGGGAGCGGCAAAGCGAAGCUCAGGCAGAGCAGCAAGGCCAGCCCCAAAGCCACAGAGGCUCCGCCCAGAGCCCGGCCCCAGACUGACGCCAAGGCCAAAGCUGUUGACCUCACUUCCCUCCCGGAGCAGAAGAGAGAGGAGAAGAAGGUCAACAGCAAUAACAACAACAAAAAGCAGCUGAAUCACAUCAAGGAGGAGAAGGCCACACCAGUCCCCACCGAGCCCGCCUCUCCCGGCGAGUGUCCGCAGAACGGCAAGCUGAUCCUGGCAGAUUCCCCGCAGCCGAAGGGCAAGAGCAAGAAAAACAAGAAGAAGAAAGGAGACAGAGCCAACAAUUCAAUUGAUGAUGUCUUUCUGCCUAAAGAUAUCGACCUAGACAGUGUGGAUAUGGAUGAAACAGAGAGGGAAGUGGAGUACUUCAAAAGAUUCUGCUUGGAUUCCGCGCGACAGACCCGGCAAAGACUGUCCAUCAACUGGUCCAAUUUUAGCUUGAAAAAAGCCACGUUUGCUGCCCACUGAAUGACGACCGCUGAAGAGGGCACGGGCGCGAGCCUGGCCGAGUCCCUGGAACACUGACCCUCGCCAGCCCCAGCCCUGGGGUGGCGCGGUGACUCCCCGAGUCCAGCUGGCGUGCCUGUAGUCUGUGAGUGCGACU